AUGUCGAAUACUUCAAACCAUGUACUUAAUUUUGGUGCAGGUCCUGCCAAAAUCCCAGAAUCUGUCUUGAAGAAAGCACAAAAGGAAUUUUUAGAUAUCAAUGGUACGGGUAUGUCAGUCAUGGAAUUGUCUCAUCGUUCCAAGCCUUUUGGUGCCAUCCUUCAAAAGACCAAGGAUAAUCUCGCAAAGCUUAUGGAUAUUCCAUCCGACUACAGUAUCUUAUUUAUGCAAGGUGGUGCCACAACGCAAUUUGCUGCCAUUUUUUUGAAUUUGGUGGCAAAGAAGCAAGAUGAAUUGAUAAAAUUGGGUAAAGAGAAGGAAGAGAUUGUCGUGGACUAUUUCGUCACAGGUGCCUGGUCCAACAAAGCAGUACAAGAAGCGGAACGAUUAGCGCCCGCCGUGCAAAGCAAUCCUAUCCGCGUCAACCGUGUCAUUGAUGUAAAGCAGAAAUAUGGCAAAUUUGGUACUAUUCCACCCCCCUCAGAAUGGAACCUGACAGAUCCCACGAAACACCAUGUCGCUUAUGUGUAUUAUUGUGACAAUGAAACGAUUCAUGGCGUUGAAUUCCCGUUUGUACCCAAAGUGAAUGAGACGGUACCUUUAGUAGCCGAUGUAUCCAGUAAUUUCCUGUCAAGACCCAUCCAUGUGCCCAAGUAUGCUGUCGUGUACGGUGGCGCGCAAAAGAAUUUAGGCCCUGCAGGUGUCACCAUUGUCGUCGUGCGUAAUGAUAUGCUGGUGGAUGUCAAUGUGGGUCCCGUACGUCCUUUGAUGCUGGAUUUCAAAACGGCCGCUGAUAAUAACUCCAUGUACAAUACGCCACCUACGUUUGCGAUUUAUAUGGUUGGACUUACAUUAGAAUGGCUCAUUGAGGAGAAAGGUGGCUUGAAGGGUAUAGAACAGGCGAAUAAUAGCAAAGCACGAAAACUGUAUGAAUUGAUUGAUCAAUCCAAGCUGUAUAAAUCACCCGUCGAUCCCCACUGUCGGAGCCACAUGAACGUCGUGUUUAGAUUACCGACAGAGGAUUUGGAGAAGGAAUUCCUCGCCGGUGCUGAAAAGUUACACAUGCAUCAACUAAAAGGUCACCGCUCUGUAGGUGGUAUUCGAGCUUCGAUUUAUAAUGCCAUGCCGGAAGAUGAUGUCGAUAGAUUAAUUGAAUAUAUGAUCGAAUUCGAAAAGAAGCAUUCUCCAUAA